CAGAACAGUGCUCUGCUCCUUGAAGAGAAAUUGCAACACCUGGGAGAGGUGCAGAAGCAGGAGAUGCUUCGGCGGUUGGGAAAGUACCCUUCUGUCUUCAAUAAUGUCCCAGGCAGAACAAGCCUGAUUCACCAUGACAUUGAUGUUGGAGAGUCCACUCCCGUUAAACUGGCCCCAUAUAGAGUGAAUCCCCUGAAGCAGCAGUUGGUGGAGAAGGAGUUGGAGUAUAUGCUGGAGCACGGCCUGAUUAAGAGGACGUAUAGCCAGUGGAGUUCGCCUGUCACCCUUCAACCCAAGCCUGACGGUAAGGUCAGGUUUUGUAUUGACUUUAGGAAGGUCAAUACCCUCACCAAGGCCGACACCUACCCGCUGCCCCGGGUGGAUGACUCAGUGGACCGUAUUGGCGGGGCCACAUUUAUUUCUAAGGUGGACUUGGUGAAGGGCUACUGGCAGGUUCCUCUCACGGACCGUGCUAAAAAGAUAGCCAGUUUUGUGGCUAAUGGGGCAGUCUAUCAGUGCCAAGUAAUGCCUUAUGGACUUAAAAAUGCCCCAGCCACGUUCCAACGUUUGAUGGACCAGGUGGUGGAUGGUCUCCAGCACUGCGUCGUGUACAUCGAUGACGUGGUCAUCUAUGACACCUGUUGGUCGGACCACCUUGACAAUGUGGAGGCACUAUUUGCACGACUCCAGGAGGCUGGGUUGGUGGUCAAUCUGGACAAAUGUGACUUUGUUAAGGCACGGGUCCAGUAUUUGGGGUAUGUGGUGGGCCAUGGCUACAUCACUCCUCCCGAAGCCAAAGUGGAGGCGAUCAAACGGUUCCCCGCACCGACCUGUCGCCGCGCUCUGCAGAGGUUCCUCGGGGUAGUAGGCUACUACCGCCGAUUUGUGCCAGGAUAUUCCACCUUGUUGGCACCUUUGACUGACCUCUUGCAAAAGGGGAAGAAGUGGACAUGGAGUGAGGAGUGUGAGAGCGCCUUCUCCCAAGUCAAGGAAGUCUUGUGCGGCCAGCCGGUUUUACGGGCACCGAACUUUACUAGGCCUUUUGCUUUGGCGGUUGAUGCUAGCCAGGCAGGGGUGGGCGCAGUUCUCAUGCAGCCCGACGAGCAACAAGUAAAUCAUCCUGUCUGUUACUUCUCUAGGAAAUUUACUCCCGCCCAAAGGAACUACUCAGUCAUUGAGCAAGAGUUACUGGCCAUUCUUUCGGCUCUGCAGCAUUUCGAAAUCUAUGUCCCGGCCUAUGGUCCCCUAGUUACCAUCUAUUCUGACCAUAGUCCUUUGCAAUUUCUGGAUAAAUUCAAAUUCAAAAAUGUGCGACUCACUCGAUGGAGUUUACUUUUGCAGGAAUAUAACCUGGAGGUCCGCCACAU